UUUUAUUUGCGAUAUGUGAUCAGCUUGUUUUGUGUUAACCAACAUCGGACAUUACUGAGUAGAUAUAAUUAAAAAGUUUUGUCAUCAAAGAUUGACACCAUCAAUUUGAAAUUGGCUGUAGUAAGAAACGAACAAUUGUUAAAUAAGCAAGAUUUCAAUCAGGCGUAAACUGAGAUAAGAAGAAUAGAAGAACGUAAGGUUCAAUCUGUAUUUUGUGUACAAACACCCAGUAUGACUGACGAAAUGUACCACUCUUUGUCAUCGAAGAUUGACACGAUGAAUUUUGAAAUGGCUCUUAUAAGGAAAGAACAAUUGCAAACUAAACAAGAACUUCGUGAGGCGAAAGAUGAGAUUGCAAAACUACGAGGACUUCAAGUUGACACCAUCAAUUUAGAAUUGGCUGAAGUAAGACACGAACAAGGGCAAACGAAGCAAGAUCUUAUUCAGGCCAAAACGGAGAUUAAAACAAUACGAGAACAUCAGAACUUCGACGAGUCAGACACCAAAGCAGCCGACGAUCUUACUGACGCACAGGGGGACGCAAGCACAAGUAGUGUCAUAAACUCCAUUCAGAAGGAAUUCCAGAACGAGAAAGCGCAAACCAAAAAUGUCCUGGAUCAAAUGAAAACUGAUGUAGCGCUAAUAAGAUCGGAUUUAAACACCGUAAUGGCAACAGUUAAAAACGAUAUAAAGAAAGUAAAUGACACAUUGGCAAGGGCUGAAUCGAUUCACGCGAGCUACAAUUCUCUAAGUGCCGCCCAGCGACAUACAGACGAUACCAUGUCACUACUAGAAAAGGGCGUGCAAUCUCUGAAGCUUUCUGUCUCAGGAAUCAACGCUUCACUUGAGGAAAAAUGUCAGUCUGGGGAGUUCGGACCUAACAAUUUUAGGCCGCGUCCAACCUUUCCUUGGUUAAUUACCAUCCACUUCCAGCCAGCCUUUAGAAGGACGCCAGCUAUCGUUUAUGGACUGCGGUUCUUGGACGUUUCCAACGAAGCAAAUGUGCGUGUUAGAGGGGAGAUAAUGGAGUUGACCAACACAUAUUUUAAGUUUAAGAUAGAUGAAUGGGACAAUACUGUUUUGUACGGCGCCAAGUUUUCUUGGAUGGCAUGUCCAAAAUAACCCAUUAAAAUUUACGGCUGUUGCGCUUUAGUCUAAUAUAAAAGAUGCUUUUAUAUAUGGACAAAUAUAUCAAAGCUAUCAUUGUCGUUGACAGUCCAGGAUAUCAGCUACCUGCUAUGCAUGCUCGUAUACUAAUCAGAACAGAGUGCGGUGCUUUGAAUUUAGACAUGCUGACUUAUCUUAUUGAGAAUAUUUGACAAUGUUUGUGAGCUUAUAUCUAUAUUGAUUUUGCACUUAUAUCGGCAUGUAGCUGUAUAUGAAGUUUAGGUUCAGUUAUUGAUUUUCUUUUUAUCUUUUUGGACAUGUAUUUGAAUAAUAUAUUGAUUGGAUUCUUACUCUUCACGUUUCCCAAUUAGCUUAAAGAUUUAUUAUUCCGAUUGAAAUAUAAUGGGAAUAUGAAAAUUGCAGUUCGGAUUUGCAGUGUGCAAUCAUGUCGUAUAAAGAAGUGUCAUUUAUAAACUCAAAGGACAAUAACAGAAUAAACUACUACUAUUAAAGCUUAAUUCUGUAGUUUUCUUAUUUCAAACCACUUAUAAAAAAAUGUAUGUUGCAAGCCUUAUGGGGAUAUUACC